AUGGAUAUAGCGGCCAAUGGAGCGCCGCUCCGAGCCCCGCGCGACCUCUGCGCACGCCCGCACCCGCCAAUCUCCGCCCGCCAGGAGACGCCCGCCGCGCCAUUGGCUGCCACGCCCGUCUGUCAGGCCCCGUCCCACCCACCUCCCCCCGUCAGCCCCGCUCCAGCCAGCUUCACUCCCUGUCACCGGGGUACCGGUCGCAACGAGGGCGCGGCGGCCUUGCCCCCUGCCGCGACCCCCGCCUCCUGCCCGACCGGCGCGGAGCCUCCCAAAUCCGGCCGAGCCCGGCUGCAGCCCGAGCCUACCUGUCUCCGACUCAGCUCCACCCGAAUGAGGCGCCGACACCCCACUCCGGGGCACCAAACUCUCGGCCCCGCCCCGGCGUGUGGCGUCAACACGCCGCCCCGCCCUGGGAGGAGAGGGGCCGCCCCUAACUCAGCUGGGCGCAGGUGCGCGCAUGCGCCCUGGGUGGAGGGGCGCGCGUUGGCAGGUGGCUGGGCUGGGCGUCGGCGGGCAAUGGGGUUGUUGGCGCUGCUGCUCAUCGCGCUGUGCGCGCCGGGCGCCCGAGGGCUCUAUUUCCACAUCGGCGAGACCGAAAAGCGCUGCUUCAUCGAGGAAAUCCCCGACGAGACCAUGGUUAUCGGGAACUACCGCACCCAAAUGUGGGAUAAGCAGAAGGAGAUCUUCCUACCCUCGACCCCCGGCCUGGGCAUGCAUGUGGAGGUGAAAGACCCUGAAGGCAAGGUGGUGCUGUCCCGGCAGUACGGCUCAGAGGGCCGCUUCACCUUCACUUCCCACACUCCUGGUGACCAUCAGAUCUGCCUGCACUCCAACUCUACCAGGAUGGCUCUCUUUGCUGGCGGCAGACUGCGUGUGCAUCUAGACAUCCAGGUCGGGGAGCAUGCCAACAACUACCCCGAGAUUGCUGCCAAGGAUAAACUGACAGAGCUGCAGCUCCGAGCCCGCCAGUUGCUGGAUCAGGUGGAACAGAUCCAGAAGGAGCAGGAUUACCAAAGGUAUCGUGAAGAGCGCUUCCGUCUGAUCAGUGAGAGCACCAACCAGAGAGUCCUGUGGUGGUCCAUCGCUCAGACCGCCAUCCUCAUCCUCACUGGCAUCUGGCAGAUGCGUCACCUCAAGAGCUUCUUUGAGGCCAAGAAGCUGGUGUAGUGCCCUCUCCAUAUGACCCUUUCCUGUCACCUCAGUUGUUUGGUACUUUCCCCACCCAAUACCUUAUCCAUCUGGAUUUUGAGGGAAGAAACAGUGAAAAAAAGAAUAUAAGCCACAUUGGUUCCAUGGCAACAAAGCAUUCAGAUCAGCCACUUGUUAACAACACUGGUUCUCAAGGACACAGGACAUUGGUCCAAGCUUUCAAAGAUCUGUCUUGGGGUUUGUGGGGAGUCAGAACUGACCCAGGACUGUCUUGCUGCUUUCGCCACUAGUGAUUCCUCUCCAUCCUGUCACAAAAUGAGCAAAUGUCUCUCCUACUGCUUUAACCUCUCUCUUCGUCUGCUUAGAAAGUAGGCGACCAAAAUGCCCCACCGAGGAGGCCCCACCUCACUGCUCCCCUGUCAGUCCUGGGUUCACUCAGUGGCUUCGUGAAUGUAAAUAAGGGGCAAAGGCCCCAGAGGAUUGAAAUGUUUUUCUAUAUAUUAGAACUAUUUUUUGAUAAAAUUAUAUAUUUUCCUUCCUAGUUGAAGUGUCACUGCCUUUGUGUGACUAGCUGAAAACACCAAUGCAGUCUCUUCUGCAUUGUUUACCAAUGCAUUCUUGAUAACUACCUACCAUGGCAGCUCUCAGGAUUUCAGUUCUCAGGGCCAGAAAGCAGACAUGACAGCUGCUCUUAAGGCCUAAUCAGAGGGCCAGGCAGAGAAUUCUCUGGGACGCCUGUGAUUUCCGUCACACAGGGCCCGAGUUCAGACUGAGGCAGUGACAGAGCUAGUACAAGGCAGGGCACUCUUACCCUCCCAUUUCCCUUAACGUUUAUUUAAGCUGUGGUAAAUGUUUUCUUCAUGGGAACCAGAUUUGGUUCUUUAUACAGAUUUUUCCAGUGAAAUAAAGCGUGUUGUAGUA